AUGACUUCAACAAAUGAAACCAGAAUGAAUGGAUUCCUCCUCAUGGGGUUGUCAGAGAAUCACAAUCUGCAGCUGUUACAUGCUUGCCUGUUCUUGGUGAUGUACCUUUUGGCCUUGACAAGCAACUUCACCAUCAUCACCAUCACAACCCUGGACGAGCAUCUCCAGUCACCCAUGUAUUACUUCCUGAAGCAACUUUCCCUUCUGGACCUCUCCUUCAUCUCUGUCACAGUCCCCCAGUCCAUUAGCAAUUCCCUCACAGGUAAUAGCUAUAUUUCCUAUGGUCAAUGCAUGCUCCAAGUGUUCUUCUUCACGUCUUUCGCCUCGGCUGAGGUGGCCAUUCUCACGGUGAUGUCUUAUGACUACUAUGUAGCCAUUUGCUUCCCAUUGCACUAUGAGCUCAUCAUGGAUGCCAGAAAAUGUAACAGUGCUAUGACAGCUGUAUGGGUAAGUGGAGGCAUGACAGGAACUUUGUAUACUAGAAUAUUUUAA